AUGGAGAACUUCCGAUUCGUUGGCCCCUUCGUCAGAGCUCUGAUCGCCGGCAGCCUGAUGAUCCUGAUGUCCGUGAUAGCCCGGGAGGAUAACUACUCCGGAUCCCACUAUAUCCAUCCCAGACACGCCAUGCAGUGAUUUAGCCAAACUCUCCGGACUCAGAGUUAGAUUUACCCUAGUCCGCUGCGAUCGAGUAAACAGAACAACCGGUUGUGUUUAUUGCCGGUUCGACGACACAGCGUAAAAACACUGCAAAAAUAACGCCAAUCGCAUUCUCAUCGAAAGCAGCAUAAUGAAAAGUUAUUACUUCAACUCAACCCCUCGAUUCUUAGUGUACUCUGUAUAUAUUAAUUAAGUUUUAACCCCUACAAAUAAACUAUAUAAAUAUUAUUGUAUCAAAAAA